AUGAUUACUUGGGAUCGAAUAAAAAAACUAGAUUAUGAUCAUCCACUGCUGUCCUUUAUAAUUGAACUUACGGAGCCACGUGAAGAAUUCUGUUCUCUUCUUCCAUCAUCAAUAUUAUCACAAAUAAUUGAAGCACCUAAUGAUUAUCGUACUGACAUUUCACAAGAAUUCGAGACAAUUUUUCGAAAUUUUUUUGAAGACCGUCGUCGCUGGGUUGAGGACGAUUUUGGAAUCAUGGGUCCUGAAGAGCGUCAACAACCAUUUUAUAAGAAACCUGAUUUUUGGCUUCUUGAAAAUAUUUCCCAAACGAUUCAAGAAAUUGUUUACGAAGAAACCUCAGGAGAUCCAUUUAAGCCUGAUCAAACCAAAUUCCGGGAUGAUCUUUUUAAAUUGUUUCGAUUUG